UAGGUGGAGGUGGAGGCGGCGGCCGCGUCGGGUCCGGUCCGGGUUCGCUCGGCUGCGGGCGCGGUGAUGCUGCAGCUGCGGGACUCGGUGGACUCGGCGGGCACGAGCCCCACGGCGCUGCUGGCCGCCGGCGAGGAGGUCGGGCCGGGUAGUGGCGGCGGCGGCGGUGGCGGGGGGCGUCCGGGGGCGGGUACGCCGCUGCGACAGACGCUGUGGCCGCUCAGCGUCCACGACCCCACGCGCCGCGCCCGCGUCAAGGAGUAUUUCGUGUUCCGGCCCGGCACCAUCGAGCAGGCGGUGGAGGAGAUCCGCGUAGUGGUCCGGCCCGUGGAGGACGGAGACAUCCAGGGGGUGUGGCUGCUGACCGAGGUUGAUCAUUGGAACAACGAAAAGGAGCGGCUGGUGCUCAUCACCGACCAGGCGCUCCUCAUCUGCAAAUACGACUUCAUCAGCCUGCAGUGCCAGCAGGUGGUCAGGGUGGCCUUAAACGCGGUGGACACCAUCUCCUACGGAGAAUUCCAGUUUCCCCCGAAGUCGCUCAACAAGCGAGAAGGCUUUGGGAUUCGCAUCCAGUGGGACAAGCAGAGCCGCCCAUCCUUCAUCAGCAGAUGGAACCCGUGGUCCACCAGUGUGCCAUACACCACAUUCAUAGAACACCCGAUGGCCGGUGUGGACGAGAAGACAGCCUCUCUGUGCCAACUGGAUGGUUUCAAGGCUCUGUUAAUCCAAGCUGUCAAGAAAGCCCAGAAGGAGAGUCCUUUGCCAGGCCAGGAGGGCGGAGUGCUGGUCCUGGAGUGUCCACUCCUCAUUGAGACCUACGUGGGGCUCAUGUCCUUCAUCAAUAACGAGGCCAAGCUGGGCUACUCCAUGACCAGAGGCAAGAUCGGCUUCUAGAUGCUGCACGCCCACCCAAAAAGCUUCCCAGAAAAUUAUUUUAAGACAAGUUAUUCGUUUCAGAAAGUCACAUUGGUAAGUUCUUUACACACAAUGCUGCUAUCUCUGUUAGGUUUGUCCUCUCAUGGCAUAUUUUAAAAAGGAAUUGCUUAAUUUGCCUUUAAGGAAGUGCUUUCAGAAAGGAACCACAUUAGUCUCCUGAAGCAGCCUGCCCCACCCGAGUUCCUGCUGCUCCAUGCAGACCCCAGCCUGUGGGCAGUCAUUGCUCACCGCCCCAGCCCAUCCACAGUGGUCUGACUGCUGGCCCCCAAGUUCCUUCCUCCGCACUGCCCAGGCUGACAGCUCUAGUCGGCAUGGAUGUGAUGAUCCUGAUGCAGGGGCCUGUCCACAUUGAAAGGCUGCCUUACAACUCUGCCUGGGUCUUGAGCUUUUGCUUUUGGUUUUCUAGUAAAGACGUUUAGAAUCCA